CCAGUAGCAGUGCCUCUCGUGGCAGGUGCAGCAAGCGCAGCACGCUCAGCCCGCACAGCCCCUUGAACGGCACUGGCUCGUGCGGUCUCCGUUCGGAAUUCGGGAACCGCCCCUAGCAGCGAGCGUGAGCAGCUACGAUGCCCGAGGAGUCGAACAAGGCGGCCGGCGACACUCUGGAGACGAGCGCGCUCGACAAGACCGAGAUGAGCGAGACAUCGUCGGCCAAGCAGCAGCAGCAAUCGCACUCGAGCCCGUCGUCACUGAAGCGGCACCUGCGAAAGACCUACGGUCGCCGCCCCAUGGAGCUGGUGAACCGCUAUUUCCGCUCCAUGUUCGACCUUGCCUCGUACGCCAACAACGCAGCGUUCCUGAUGCGUUGCCGCGCCAUGCGGGUCGUGCCGCGGGCCUACCGCGUCGAGUGCCGCGACAUCAAGAACACCCGGCACGUGGUGCGCAUCUUGGACGAGUGCAGCUACCGGCUCAUGCUGGCCGACCUGGACUACAACCGCCUGCGAAAGGUACAGGUGUCGCGUCUCUUGGAACGUCUCCACGAGAAGCUCGAGAAGAUCAUGUCCCCGGAUGACCUGAGGAACGUGGUGCUUCUGGCCAAGGGAAAGUACGAGAAUGUUUUCGAGGCCACCAGAGACAAGCAGCGGGCCAUGUUUGCUGACCUGCUCAAAGAGUACGACAUCGAGCCGAAGAAGACGGAGGAAAACGAAGAAUGACGCGGCAGGAGCUCUUCCUGCGAGAGCGGUCGAGCCGGUCCGAGCCUUCGACUCCCCUCCCAAGUCUGCCUUUCUUCUUUUUUUUUUUUUUCUCUCAUCUUCGUCGGUGUCGCGAGACAAGUGCGCCAAGAUCAAGCUGACCGACCAGGGCUAUGGAUCGGCGUGCGCCUGAGGCUCCAUCGCAGCUUCAAAGAAGUGAAACUGUAAGCCCAGGUGACUUCCAUGGACUGGGAAAAGUCAAGCAAGCCCGGGGGCUUUUCAUUUUUUCUUUGUUACCUUGGCGUUGUGGGUUAACGUGAACGCGAGCACGUGCUUUAAUGUCGGCCGUGGAAAGCCAUCUGCCCUUUCUGGGUGCGUUCCCGGUGCUGAAUAAAAGCUUGUUGAUUUAA